GUUAAAAAACCAAGAAGAAGAAGAAGGAGAAGAUUUUUAGCGGGUAAACAACAAUAACACAUUUGAGACUUCUGUGUAAAUAGACGAUGUGAGGCAGCACUGGAGUUAGUAAACAUAUUCUCAGCAGCAGCUCGCGUAUAUUUUUGCCCGGGGAGACUGCUGACUCGUCUUUUAUGUUUGGAGGUUCACUCAGGGAGCAGCCUGUUCAAAUUGCUAAGCUAAUAUUAGUUAAACGUUAACGUUUUUUUGUCAUUUAACAGUCGCUGUUAGUGCAAAAAAAAUUCAUCUGGAUCGGUGAGAUGGCCACACGGACACCUAAGGAUGCUGAUGUCAACCUCCCCUUCGCUGCACUUCAACUACUCGCUCCGCCCAUGCGCCUGGUGUCUGCAGCUCUGUGGAAGGUGCUGAAGCAGAGGGAUGUGAUGCAGUAUGGGGUUGUGGAGGAAUUUGUGACGUCAGCUUGUGAGACUGUACCUGGCAUGCUCACCGUGAGACACCAGGGAAAGCUGACUCUGGGGCUGAGAGGACGGCUGAUCUUAGAGUUGUGCCGUACACAACCUGAUAUGCAGGUGAUUGAGCCUCACCUGAAAAGGAUCCGUGCUCCAGCUGUUCCUCCAACCGCAGCUGCUACAGUGAGGAAGGACGUCAAAAUUACAAGAACAGUUGAAAGUUUCCAUUCAUUUAUUCACACACUGCUGACAGAGCCCGCAGAGAGAGAACUGUUCUACAAGGAGGAAUUUCCUGUGGAUUAUGGCCCGAAGUUCGACGAGGAAUUGGAGAAGCUGCUGUGGGAGUUUUUGAUUCGACUGGACCAGUUGCUUCCAGUGCCCAACCUUGCACAGACUGUGUCAUGGCUCAGUGACACCCCGACUGUCCUGGAGGAGUGUGCUCGCUCUGCCACGCAGCCUCAGCUCCUCAACAUUUUGCUGCAACAUCAAACCUGUCUUGGUCACCUUGAGCCAGCAGCGUCUCUCCCUCCGAACAUGGGAGACUCCAUCCUGGAAUCACUUUCUCUUCCACUGUCUGGAAGAGCGGCCUCAAAACAACGAACAGGAGCGACUGCUGUGGAACCGUCCAGUAGUGGCACACAGACGAGAGACAAAACACCAUUCAUCACACCUGUUAUUGGGCUCAUAUCUAACAAAGACAUACCAGUCAUGAUGUCUUCAAAUAAAAAGCCCCUGAGAGGCAGUGAGGCCUCCAGCACAGAAAAUGCAACAGACAAACUCUCACAACAGAAGGACAGCGUGAGAGACAAGAAAAUCACAGACGAUGAAGACAAAGAGGAAGGAGAAGAACAAGAGGCGCAGAGCGUCUCCAAAAGAAGCAGAGGAAUUAAACGCAAGCAGCCUGACAAAAGACAAAGCGACUCAGAACAGGAGGAUGAAGUGGUACUAGGCAUGAGCAGAUCUGGGAGGAUAAGGAUAAGCAGGGUCGAACAGAGUGUGGACGAAAGUAAAGGUGAUGGAGACGAAACUGUAAGAAAGGAGGAGUUAAAAAGCAGAGCAUCCUUGGCCAACUGUUUGAUCCAGCUGGACCUGAAAACUCUCUGUCUGCCUGAUGAUCCGUCCCUCUGCUCUGCGCUUGUGUCAUGUCUGAGCAACCAGCCAAAAGUCAUUAUCAAAAAGGUGCAAAAAGUGGCUUUUACUAGUGGUAACGGAAGCGGCAGCGGAGAAGGAGGAGGAGGAGGGACUUUAAAUAAUUCACGGCAGAGUUCGAGGAAGAAGACGACAAAUAAAACCCAGAGCAAGCGAGUUGAAAAGCCUGACUCUGACAUUUCUGGCUUGGAUGAUAAAGAAAAUCGCCCCAUAUUACCAAGCAGCUCUCACAUACAGGCCAACACAGAGACGCUGGCCUUUUCUGGAGAUGGUGAAGACUAUGUCGCUGAUUCAGAGGAUGAGGCAACAAAGAACUUCAAGGGCAGGCUGUUCAUGAAGCGCUACUACAAGACCAAACAUGGCACUUACGUUCCCACUCUGAGGGAAUUCUGGAAACCGGGGAUGCCACGGAAGGACUUGCUGUCUUCUUUUAGUAAACGCAGAUGAUCGAAUGAAUUUCCACACCCAGUAUUAAGUUCAGUUUAAUUCUCUUAUAUUGAUUUAUCGCGAUGAUUUUUUUUUUUUACCUUCAAUAAUGGACAAUAACUGAUCAUGGACGGUGUCUUACAAGUAAAACUUGUGAUUUUAAAAAUGUUAGUGUACAGUUUUGUAAAUAAAGAUGAAACAAUAUCUAUUAUAUCAAGCCCAUUUUUUCCCAAAAAGAAAACCUUUAGCACAGCACAGUAUUCUGUUAACUGGUUGUGGUUAAGGUAAGGGAUAGCACUUUGUUUCAGUUGUCCAAAUGAAUGGAAGUCAAUGUAACUGUGUGAAAUAGUGAUUAGUAAAUAUUUAUUAUGGCAAUCAACAAACCAUUCCUACACAAUUUACAAUAUAAAUGAUCUAAACUACCAUUUCUGACGAGGUUUACUGCCAUCUGUGUGGCAGCUCACAACUUUAUUUUAAGCAUUUAUGUCAUCAUUUGUAAGUAAAAAUUUGGAAAAGUUCAGCACGUUUAUUUGGAAACAACCAGGACCCCGAAAGUCUUUGGGAAUGACUAACUUAAACUGUUAUUUAGUCACAAAAUAUUAUGUAAAGAGAAAAAUCUGCAUCUUUCCCCUUUAAUCCAUAUCACACUGCACCAAAAUGUAAUGAUUUAUUUCUGCUGCCACACAGUUUAAGUGUAUGAUCCUGCACACAAAACAACAAGGAUGACAUCAUAAACUCCUUUUUAAGUUUU